CGCUUUCCACCGGGGAGGCUGCCGAAGAAACUCCCGAAUCCGGGGCCUGAAGUCAGCGUCUGGCACCGGGCCACCGCAGCGCUGUUUCCGCGCACCUCCGGGCCGCACAUGACGCGGGUUUCGCCGAUGGUGGUGCGCGGAGCCGAGCGCCCCCCGUCGCUGCGACAUCUCCGCGCUGAAGCAGCAUCGCUGGCUAAUGUUAGCUAACAGCAUCGAUCCUCUCUGCGCCGCUCCACCCCCCCAUCUGCCUCCGGUCGACCCCCGCCACCGAUCUGUCACAUCGAGCGCUGAUUGAUUAGCUAGCCGUGAACCACCGAGGGCAAUCCCGCUCACCGCCGUUCAUCAUCCGGCACCGGAAUCCCGCCUGGGCGCUCUCAAGACCGGAUAAAAUCUUUUCUACCUCAUAAGCCAAUGCCUCCCUCCUGUCACCACCCCCGGCUCAUGCCCCAUCUCCACCGGUUUAGCUGCCUCUAACAACCCGACGAAGGAGCGCUGCCCGGCGGGCACUACCUGCGCCCCUCCGCAGAGGAUAUCUCUCUAUUUUUAAAACAUUUUCCCUUUAAACGCAGUGUUUUUUGGUCACUUCCCGCCCACACGCAGCUGCUCAUCGCUCCCUGUCUGUUUACAACCCUCUUCCCCUGAGUUGGCCGUCCGCACUCCCCCCCACCCCCGGCGGAUCUCCGUGACGCCCGGCCGUCGGGUCUCGCCAUGCCGGGUCCGGUGGCCGGCAGCAAGGCCCGUGUGUACGCAGACGUCAACACGCUGAAGAGCCGGGAGUACUGGGACUACGAGACCCACGUCCCGAACUGGAACAACCAGGAGGACUACCAGCUGGUCCGGAAGCUGGGCAGGGGCAAGUACAGCGAGGUGUUCGAGGCCAUCAACGUCACCAACAAUGAGAAGGUGGUGGUCAAAAUCCUGAAGCCGGUCAAGAAGAAGAAGAUCAAGAGAGAGAUCAAGAUCCUGGAAAACCUGCGAGGAGGGACCAACAUAAUCCGGCUUGUGGACACCGUCAAAGACCCGGUGUCCAGAACUCCGGCGCUCGUCUUCGAAUGCAUCAACAACACAGACUUUAAGGAGUUGUACCAGAAGCUGACAGAUUAUGAUAUUCGUUUCUACAUGUACGAGCUGCUGAAGGCUCUGGAUUACUGUCACAGCAUGGGAAUCAUGCACCGUGACGUCAAACCUCACAACGUCAUGAUCGACCACCAGUUAAGAAAGCUGCGCCUCAUAGAUUGGGGUUUGGCCGAGUUCUACCAUCCGUCCCAGGAGUACAACGUCCGAGUGGCCUCGCGUUACUUCAAAGGCCCUGAGCUGCUGGUGGACUACCAGAUGUACGACUACAGUCUGGACAUGUGGAGUCUGGGCUGCAUGCUGGCCAGUAUGAUCUUUCAGAAAGAGCCGUUUUUCCACGGACAAGACAACUACGACCAGCUGGUGCGAAUAGCCAAAGUUCUGGGGACGGACGAGCUCUUCGGAUACCUCCGUAAAUACCACAUCGAACUGGACCCACGCUUCAAAGACCUGCUGGGACAGCAGAGCAGGAAGCGCUGGGAGCAGUUUGUUCAGACGGAAAACCAGCACUUAGUCAGUCCCGAAGCUCUGGACCUGUUGGAUAAGCUGCUACGCUACGACCACCAGCAGAGGCUGACGGCCACAGAGGCCAUGGAGCACCCCUACUUCUACCCUGUAGUCAAAGAGCAGACUCUGUCCAACUCUGACAACAACAUGGUUUCCAGCAGCAACACGACGGCGCGAUGAAAGACGUGGAGGGAAGAAGGAUGUUUGUUACCUCAGCUCUGUACCUGCUCCUGUCAGAAACUUUGUACAGCGACGGUCCAUCAGACUGACUCGGACCACUUUAACACACACCCCAUCUCCUCUGUGUCGGUCUGUGAUUGGCUCGUUCUGGUUUCCUGUCUGACCAGUGAGUUUGAAGCUGCACCCCACCCCCCAUCGUCUCCCCUCAAAGUCUGGUCCCACGUAGGUCAACGACUCUUAAAGACAACUCGGUUCCUGUUUAUCCUUUUUAUAUUUUGUCCUCUUUGGAUUGCAUCAGCAUGGAGAAUGAACAGGAGCGUGUGCCUGUAGCCCCGCCCCCUCCCCUCUCCAGGUCCGACUGUCCCACCCGUCUGCGUUCAUAACCCCGCCCCCAACAGACGACGGGCGUCUCAGCACUCUGGAUCUGAUGGCAUGGUGGACUUUCGACAUAUAAUGAUAAAUAUUAUAAUAUUAAUGACAAAUAAAUGAUUUUUUAUUUAGAUCCA